UGAAUUCAUCAUUGUAUCACCUUAUUGCCUGUCCUUUGUAUUUCAAAUAUCUAGAUCUAGGUUAUUCAUUUCACGAGAAACAAGUCUAGAUUCUAGAAUCUGCGAUGAGAUGACUGCGAUGUAGUCUACAUCUAGUCUUAUUAUCAUUGAGAUCACUGUGUAUUUAAGUUACUUAUUACUACUAGAAUCUAGAUAUAGAUAUAGAUCUAGGCCAGACAGCAGACGGUACCCAUCAGACGUCAAGACAAUAUUAAACAUCGACACUCAAUAGUAGUGAUGGAGAAGUUGGAUGCAGAUGAGCGCCACAAGAUUGCUUCCUUGAGAACAGAGACAGGAGAUGGAGUUUCAUGGAUGUACAAAGGUGAAAAGCCUGACAGCGAAGAGUACCUUCUGGGAAAAAGAAUAGACAAACAUGUUGAGGGGGAGACUGAACAGAAAGAAGAUGAUGCAAGUGUUAUUUUUGGAGAAAGAAUCAAGGCAAAUAUUGCCUUGGAUAUGGCUGCUAAGAUGAGAGAGGAUCCCUUGUUUGCCAUUAAGCGCAAAGAGGAAGAGUCUAAGAGGCAGUUGUUGGAGAACCCUGUGAAAAUGAAGGAGUUGCAAAAACUUGUUGAACAGCAGCAAAGACAGAAAUCUAAAAAGGAUAAAAAAGCAAAGAAGAAGAAGAAGAAAAAGAGAAAGAAGAAGAAGCACAAAGGUUCUGGAUCUGAGGAUGACAGCAGUAGUGAAGAAGAAAGUGAAGGCAGUGAGGAUGAUAUCAUGAAGAAAUACCUGUCCAUACUGACGUCGAAACAUGGGAAAGGAGAAGGAGAAAAGGGAAGACGAAAGGAUGAUGCAGACCAUCAGGCAGCUGAACAGCGACGAGGGAGGAAGAGAGAGGCAAGCACGGAGUACGAUUCAGGUGAUAGACCGCACAAGAACUACUCUGCCCGCCAAGGAGCUAGGGGGAGAAAUGUUAACAGAGCUGAACAGAGGGGGGCUGAGAGAGGAAGGAGUGAGAGUUGGGAAAGGAAUAGGCAGAUAGCAGUUGAGAAGAGUAAAGGUGGGAAUAGAGGAAGGAAUAGGGAAGAUAAAAGUAGAAGUCGAAGCAGUGAUAUGGACAGACGUGAUAGAUUACCAAACAGAAGAGAUAGAAGUGGCAGUAACAAUACUGACAGACGAAACAGGACUUCAAAAAAGAUGAGUGUGAGUCCGGACAGGCGUAGAAAUCAAGGAGGCCGAGGGAGCAGAAAUCAAGAGGGAGCUCGACCUCGUAGGAGUCACAGUCCAGGUUACAAGGAUCAAAGAGAUGUUUCUAAGAGGAGAAGGGAAAAUGAGCCUCCUUUGAAUCAGAACAGGAAAGGAGGGCGGGGUGAUAAUGCGGGUGCUAGAAACUCUGACAGAUACGAAAAGGCCAAAAGAAGGGAAAGAGCUGGUAGCGAUUCUCCUCCCAAGCGCAGACAAAACAGAAGUAGGUCGCUCUCUCAGAGCAAUUCGCCUCCCAUACGCAAACAAAGCAGAAGUGGAUCGCGCUCUCGAAGAGAUUCUCCUCCAAAGCGCAAACAAAACAGAAGUAGGUCGCACUCUCCUGAGUUCAAUGAACAUGCUUCCAAUAAAGGGCCAGGACGCUAUAAGGGCAGUUCUUUUACCUCUGUCAAAAACCGAAAAACCUCCAAAUCACCUUCAUCUUCAUCAUCAUCUUCAAGUCAGGACAGUUCUCCAGAUCGGAAAAAACAAAAGCGGAAAGAGAGAGGAAGAGAGGAGAAGACAAAAAAGAAGAGGGCUAGUUCUAGCUCAUCUUCCAGUGGAAAGUCUGAGUCUGAGGAUGGCAGAUCUCGCAGCGCUAAAGACAAGCCAAAGAUGGCUCAGUCUCGCCAGUACGGUCUCAUAAUGACAAACUCAAAUAAUUCCGGCUCUCAGAAACGAAGACGAUCAUCAUCAUCCUCCUCAUCCUCAUCAAACAAUCGCAAGUCAAGACCAGCUUAUGUAGGAAGACGCAAAGUGGUACAGAGAGAAGCGACCCCACCCCGCAAGAGACUAACUGAAGAGGAGAAGAAGAAGAAACUGGAAGAGAUGAUGGAAGAUGCCAAGUGGAGAGAUGAACAGCGAGCUGGAAAUGUGGAAAGAUACCAAGAGGAAGAUAAGGAGAGGGAGAAGCGAGAGAAGGGAAAGAAAGGAGGUGCUUUUCUCAGCGGCCUCAUGGUGGAGCAUGCAUCGUCUAGUUCAGUCGAGGACAGGCUGAAAAGGAACCGUUACAACAUCCAACGCACAAGAGUUGACCUAGAUAAAAAUUUUGCCAAGAAAUAGAUUGAGGGGAAAUAUUUUUUUUAAAACAUCUCCUGUUUUUACUUCAGAAAAAUUGUUAUCAAUUAUCAUUUCAUCAUGAAUUACCACAUUGUUUUUAUUAAGGAAUCUUUUGUUACUUGCAAUGUGAUGACAGCCUACUCAUUCUUAUUAUGCUGUUUGUGUGAGUGUGUGUGUGUGUCCAUUUCUGAGUGUUUUGGGGACGUUCAUUAAAUUGUAAGAUGGAAUGUGAGAGUAUCAUUCUUAUUGUUCUUAUCUUGAUAUGAUUUCUUCAACUGUCAGUAUUUAUGUCAGGAUGGGAACACAAAUAAAAUCUCCUGCUGAAUGCAAAAGUC